UGGGCAUCCUCUUUUGCGGAUUAGCAGACGUCAGACGCAGAUAUCCGGUUUCGGCAACAUCUUCGCAAUGGCAGAUCCUACUAUUUCCAACGGUCCCGACGCAUUAGAGGAAACAAUAGGCCGCCUCUCCAAAAAGUCCGGCGUCAAGGCGACCCUCGUGCUCGACAGGGUGUCGGGCGCGAUACUAAGGUCGAGCGGCCAGAUGGCGUCGAUCCACACGCCGUCGACGGCCGGGUCUUUCUCGAGCGGCGACGCGAACAACCCCGCUACGCAGCAACAGCAACAGCAGACCGGCGAGUCCCAGGGGGCGGCGGAGGAGCUGGCGGGCCUGGUGUGGAAUUUCGUCAACUCGGCGGGAAGCCUGGUUCAGGGGCUGGACACAGAGGACGAGAUGAAACUCCUCCGGCUCCGGACGAAGAAGCAGGAGCUGGUCGUUGUGCCCAACCCGAAAUACCUGCUGAUUGUCGUGCACGAUACCCCUCCGGCUUGAUUUGGUGUGCCCGGAAAACAUGUUAGAGGGGGGCGAUGUGUCCUAUGAUUGGGAAUCCUUGGCGAAAUGGAGUCUAUCGGCGUUCAUGAUUUGGCAUCGGAUACCCCGAGAUUGGAGUGGUAAAAUAAAUAAACGGGAGUGAGUUAAUAGAUGCUCUCAAUGACAAGCGAUUCUACCUUGCGGCCCCGAGUGCAGCCUGGACUUGGCAUGUUUCUUCAGCCGUGCCUUGAGGCAAGAAUAGGAACUUGUUCGGUGUGUUUUGCAUGAGGUUGGGCAUAUCAGGCAGGGCUCAGCAUGUAGCUGGGCGUUAAAGGAAGCUCCAACACGUCUGCGAUUUGCCGCUCGUUUUCCCCUUGUUACU